UUCCUUAAAAAAUACAACCUAUCCGUUGAAUCAAACCCGCCUCAAUUAUGUGCCCAUGCCGAUGAGCUUGAUGCUAUGCUUCCAGAUUGGAAGGCUCGUAAAGAUGUAAAAGAGGCCCUUCGCCAGCGCGUAUACAAAGGAAAUCGAAUAGAAGCUCUUGUACCAGACAAAAGAGGGAAAAAGCUUACUAUCAAGGAAAGAGCUCGAUAUUGUGCAAAAACUGGAGAUGUGUGGGAUAUUUGGUUACAUGCUUCAGACUUAGCUGUGCCAAAAAAUAAUACAGAUGAGGUGAUUGUGGCGACCAGUUCCUGUGUUUCGCAAUUUCGUAAAGAGUUAGCAGAAGCUGGAGUUGAUCCCGAGCGAAUUGAUACAUAUGCCAA